AUGGAUGCCUCCAAAAUCCUCAAGCAACUUGCCUGCGCAGGAGAUGCAUUCAAGGAAAAUGAACCCGGUUCACGAGAAGAGCUGAUUGCACAAAGCCGUGCGCUCAUAGCCGCACUCGAGCUGCCAAGUGAGUUUAUCCUGCAGACUCUCUGGGCAGAGCCCGCCCGAUCUGCAAUAAUCCGACUCGCUGUGGAUGUGCAUCUAUUCCAACAUAUCAAAGAAGCAGCUCCAGCAGGUCUCAGUCUGGAAGCUUUAUCGCAGAAGACUGGCGUGGAACUUGACCUCCUUACCCGUCUAAUACGGCACUUGGUCGCUGUGAACGUGCUUGUCUUCCACCCAGAUGGGAUCCACGGCACAGCACUAAGCGACAGUCUCGCCGAUGAACGAUAUCAGCACACUAUUCUAUGCUGCUAUGACGUCGUGUGGCGAACGCUCGAAAGCAUGCCGGCUUACUUUAAGAACAAUGCAUACCGCUCUCCAACUCCGGGAGGUACGGACGGACCGUUCCACCAAGCGUAUGGGACGAACCUGGGACUUUUUGACUGGAUUAUUGCCACGCCGUCCCAGCUGCAGAAUUUUGAUGCACUUAUGAAAACCUACCGUGCUGGGAAGGUGAACUGGUUUGCGGAGGGGUUUUACCCAGUUUCCCAGCGGCUAGUCUGCGGGUUUGAUUUGAAAAUUGGUGACGCUUUCCUAGUGGACGUUGGCGGUGGUGAGGGUAAUGAUGUUGCUGCUCUUGUGGCGACUUUCAAAAGUCUGCCUGGGAGGGUUGUGGUACAGGAUCGUGAGCCUGUUAUUGCGAAUGUUUUGAAUGGGACCGAGGAAAUGGCGUUUGAGGUGCAGUCCCAUGAUUUCUUUACGCGGCAGCCGGUCAAGGGUGCGAGAGCCUAUUUUUUGCAUUCUAUUUUGCAUGAUUGGUCUGACAACGAUGGUGUGCGGAUUCUGGAGAAUCUGGUUCCAGCUUUGGUCAAGGGAUAUUCGCGGGUUCUACUGUAUGAGAUUGUCGUGAGUGAGGAGAAACCGACGCUAGCGGCCACGACGAUGGAUUUGGUCAUGAUGUCUCAUUUUGGGACAAGGGAGAGGACGGAGAUGGGGUGGAGGCAGAUUUUGGGACGAGUUGGGUUGAAGGUUGUUGGGAUUUAUACUUAUCCUGGGGUGGCGGAGAGUUUGAUUGAGGCUGAGCUAGCAUAG